GUCUUCCUUCAUGAACAGAUAUGUCAACCACCGCUUCACUAAUCUGUACCGGGCCACUAUCGGGAUGGAUUUUCUUUCCAAAAGUGAAACUCUAGAUGGAGAGAGUGUUACUGUCCAGAUCUGGGAUACGGCGGGCACAGAGAGGUUCCAGUCCUUGGGCUCUCCUCUGUACCGGGGGACUCACUGCUGCAUGCUGGUGUUUGAUGUCACCUCUAAAAUCAGUUUCUCUGCUCUGGAGCAAUGGAGAAAAGAGUUUUUAAUCCAAGGAGAACCAAAAAACCCUGACACUUUCCCAUUUGUUGUACUGGGCAACAAGACAGACCUGCCAGAUAGAGAGGUGUCAUCUAGACGGGCCCGGCAGUGGUGUGAGCGCUUUGGGGCAGAGUACUUUGAAGGAAGUGCUAAAGAUGACAUCGAUGUGGAAAAAACAUUUCUGAGAGCAGCACACAUGGGGCUACAACAGUACAAAAAACACACAUUGGAAAAUACAGGACAUUUCCAGAUAACCUGCAAACAGCCAAGAGAAACUGGCAACAACUGUCAGUGCUGAGGCCUCACCCAUCCAAACAUGGGCUCCAAUGACCUCCACACCUUUAAAGAUGAUCCAUCUAACCAAGGCGCAAAAAGUGACCCAACAAAGGUACUGUGGAAGGAAAGGACACAAUCGUAUACCACAGGGGGAGAGGAACAAACUCAUUUUUUUUUAUACUUUUGAGAACCUUGAGAGAUUAUCUAAAUUAAGGCAUUACUACUGAAAUACACUGCUUUUUGCAUGCAUGUCUAGUUUUGUUCAACAGACACACUGACACGCACAAAAUUAUGAAUGCAUAUGAAAGGAAAGUUCAUUUCUAGAAAGAGAAAUCAGAAGAAACCACAUAUAAACCCCAAGUGCAAGCCUCAAAAAAGACUCAUAGUCUGGUGGUUACCAUCGCAACUAAAUUGGCCCAUACAAACAUUUACAGUACAGUCCAUUCAAAAUCCUCCCUGUACAAGUUGGUUGUGCACAAAAUUAUUCAAAGUCCUAGAGUGAAUUCUCCCAACAGAAGUAUAUUAGAACAGAUCAGGGACAUUAUAUAUUUUAUAUAUACUGUAUAUUUAUAUAUAUGUUUCAUUUAUAAGUAAUGACACAAAAGGCAAUUGAGAUGACCAACAUGUAAAAACAGUUUGUUACAGAGAAUUAUAUAAAAAGACCAAAAUUUUCUCCUGGUGGUGGUUAGUUCUUUGAUAGAGCAAGAAUAUUUUACAAGAGUGUACACUCCAGCUACGCAAGCCUUUUUCCAGAGAUC